ACACAUUCGGGACUCUUAGUUGUGUUCUUCGCAUUUUGUGCUGUUUUUGCAGACGAUGGAGUUAUUAAAAGUAGUUUAACGUUCGUAAUAGAUGAUACGGCAUCUAUGUGGGAUGAAGUAAAUCAAGUGAAAGAAGAAGUUAACAUUAUGUUUGAUAAAGUGACGAGUUCAAACGCAUCACAGAUAGAAAAUUUUGUGCUCGUCACUUUCAAUGAUCCGGACGCUAGUAAGCGUACCGUCACCAAGAAGCGGGAAGAAUUUAAGACCGCUUUAGCUAACAUAACUCCUCAUUCGUACCGCAACCCUGACUGUGCCGAGAGUGCCAUGGAGGGCAUUGGCUUAGCACUUCGGAUUAGUAUGCCCCACUCAUAUUUGUACGUUUUCACUGAUGCAUCAGCUAAAGACUACGCAAGGUUUGAAGAGAUCAAGAGUCUUUCACAAAAGAUGGGGAGUCAGAUCGUAUUUCUUUUGACUGGCGAAUGCAGAAAUAGUGGUAGAUUUGGACCUGAUUACGAAGUGUAUCACCAAUUGGCAGACGCUACGUCUGGUCAAGUCUUCAAUAUGAUGAAAGAUGACGUGAAAGAUAUAUUAAAAUACAUUGAAGAGACUAUCACAGGCAUAGGGAGCAAGAUAGUAGACAAAAAAUUUGAACCCGGCUAUGAUAAAAAUCUUACAUAUAUCGUCGACCCCCACACUGGAGAUACACUAAUAGCUAUAACUGGGAAAGAACCUAAAAUCGGCGAUGUAACUGGUCCCGGUGGAAGCCGGCCCAAUACAACACACAUAGUAUCAGGAAAAUCUGAAAUGGCGGUGGUGAAGGUGACCGGUGCAAAGCCAGGAGAACACGUCGUGUCGGUCGGAAGCAUGUCUGGAACGCAUGCAGUUGUGAGUGUAAAAAGCACAAUAAAUUUUAAACUCGGAUUUAAUGUGCUUAAACCAAAAUCCAGCGAAGAUACCGUCACGAGGCCGCCACCAAAAGGGAAUGUUUUCAUGGGUGUCAAGUUAAUCGGGACAGGAGUAAAACUGGAGACAGUCAAAAUACUUGGAAUGGCGGAUGAAGUUAUAGAGGAACUAAAAUUAGAACUAGUCGAUGAAAAAACGCAAUUCUAUGUCACACCAUCAUUUAACCCACCGUCUGCUAUGUUUCGUGUAACUAUUAAUGGAUAUGACAUCGAUACUAAAACGCCAGUGACGAGAAGAACUCCAACACCUUUAUCCAGACAAGACAUGUCCGCAGUUGUGAAAGUUGACACUAAACCUAAAGUAACGAUUGAUGGUGAUACGUCGAUUACCCUAUAUGUUGAUGAUCCAUUAGAACUGAUUUGUAAAGUUCACGCUUAUCCUGAACCAGAGAUAAUAUGGGAAGAUAAAGACUUAGGGACUGUAAUACCUGCUGAGAAGAACAUGGUCGAAGUACCCUAUGAUUACGUCAGUGUUUUAAAAAUAGACAAGGGAAACAGGAAUACCACCUACCAAUGUAAAGCUAACAACCGCAAUGGAAACGACGUUCAAGGCGUAGAAAUCAUAGCAAGAAGGAGAUUCUAUUUUGAUGUAAUCGAUUCUCCUAAAGAUAUUCGCAUAGAAUAUGCAAAAGAAGGUAAACUUGUUUGCAAGAUAGACGCCAAACCACCGGCGACUAUAAAUUGGUAUAAAGAUGCAAAGCCUUUGUCUAGUAGUAGCCGUAUUGAAAUAUCUAAAGAUCAGACAGUGGUGACCUUGAAAGACAUGCAACCAGGUAUGGAAGGAAAGUUCAUGUGUGAAGCAAGAAAUGACAAAGAGAGGAAAGUAUUUCAUUCACACGUCGAGAUAUUUGGUAUAGAAAAACCAAACAUCGAUAAGUCAUUCGACGAAAUCCGUGUCACAGAGAAAACAAAUGGCGAAUUGACUUGUAGAAUUCUUAAGGGGAUCCCGAAACCGACUGUAACUUGGUCCUUCCGAGGUCCGGGUAAAACAAAGAAUUUGAAAGAAACCGGAGAGACCCUACAGUUGAAAAAUGCUCAAAGAGACCAAAGUGGUCUGUACAUAUGUACAGCGACAAACGUCUUGGGAACAGAUAAUCAUGAAACAGAAGUUAUAGUGGAAUAUCCACCACAUAUAAAAAGGGAUGUAAAGGAAAUGAAGAUUGUAGAUGGCGAUGAAGCGAAGUUGACAUGUGACGUGAAUGGAGUGCCCGCGCCAACAGUAUACUGGACAUUCAAUAGUAUCAAUGUAACAAGUACUAUGAGAACUCAAAUUACUGCCGAUUACAGUUUAAUAAUCAAGACCACUGUAGCUGACACUGGACAUUAUACUUGCCAUGCAGACAAUAAGAUUGGGAAAGAUAAAAGAGACAUUCUUCUAGAAAUAUAUCAAAAACCCGUCAUCGAUAAGUCAAUUGAUGAAAUCCGUGUCACGGAGAAAACAAAUGGCGAGUUGUCUUGUAGAAUUCUUGAGGGGAUCCCGAAACCGACUGUAACCUGGUCAUUCCGAGGUCCGGGUAAAACAAAGAAUUUGAAGGAAACUGGAGAGACCAUAAAGUUGAAAAAUACUCAAAGAGACCAAAGUGGUCUGUACAUAUGUACAGCGACAAACGUCUUGGGAACAGACAAUCACGAAACAGAAGUGAUAGUGGAAUAUCCACCACAUAUAAAAAGGGAUGUAAAGGAAAUGAAGAUUGUAGAUGGCGAUGAAGCGAAGUUGACAUGUGACGUGAAUGGAGUGCCCGCGCCAACAGUAUACUGGACAUUCAAUAGUAUCAAUGUAACAAGUACUAUGAGAACUCAAAUUACUGACGAUUACAGUUUAAUAAUCAAGACCACUGUAGCUGACACUGGACAUUAUAGUUGCCAUGCAGACAAUCAGAUUGGGAAAGAUAAAAGAGACAUUUUUCUAGAAAUAUAUCAAAAACCCGUUAUCGAUAAGUCAAUUGAUGAAAUCCAUAUCACGGAGAAAACAAAUGGCGAAUUGUCUUGUAGAAUUCUUAAAGGGAUCCCGAAACCGACUAUAACCUGGGUCUUCCGAGGUCCGAGUAAAAGAAAGUAUUUGAAAGAAACCGGAGAGACCCUACAGAUGAAAAAUGCUCAAAGAGACCAAAGUGGUCUGUACAUAUGUACAGCGACAAACAUCCUGGGAACAGAUAAACACGGAACAGAAGUUGUAGUGGAAUAUCCACCACAUAUAAAAAGGGAUGUAAAGGAAAUGAAGAUUGUAGAUGGCGAUGAAGCGAAGUUGACAUGUGACGUGAAUGGAGUGCCCGCGCCAACAGUAUACUGGACAUUCAAUAGUAUCAAUGUAACAAGUACUAUGAGAACUCAAAUUACUGACGAUUACAGUUUAAUAAUCAAGACCAUUGUAGCUGACACUGGACAUUAUGCUUGUCAUGCAGACAAUAAGAUUGGGAAAGAUAAAAGAGACAUUUUUCUAGAAAUAUAUCAAAAACCCGUAAUUGAUAAGUCAAUUGAUGAAAUCCGUGUCACGGAGAAAACAAAUGGCGAAUUGUCUUGUAGAAUUCUUAAAGGGAUUCCGAAACCGACUAUAACCUGGGUCUUUCGAGGUCCGAGUAAAAGAAAGUAUUUGAAAGAAACCGGAGAAACCAUAAAGUUGAAAAAUGCUCAAAGAGGCCAAAGUGGUCUGUACAUAUGUACAGCGACAAACGUCUUGGGAACAGACAAUCACGAAACAGAAGUGAUAGUGGAAUAUCCACCACAUAUAAAAAGGGAUGUAAAGGAAAUGAAGAUUGUAGAUGGCGAUGAAGCGAAGUUGUCAUGUGACGUGAUUGGAGUGCCCGCGCCAACAGUAUACUGGACAUUCAAUAGUAUCAAUGUAACAAGUACUAUGAGAACUCAAAUUACUGCCGAUUACAGUUUAAAAAUCAAAACCACUUUAUAUGACAUUGGACAUUAUGUUUGUCACGCAAAAAAUAAGCUUGGGAAAGGUAAAAAGAAAGUUUUCCUACAAGUAUAUGUUCCAGUGACCAUUGAGAAUCCAAAAUCUAAUAUAAUAAAAACCAUGGUUGGUAGUGGAACGUUGCUAAACUGUAUAGCCAAUGGGUACCCCAAACCAGACAUAAAAUGGACUUUCCACAGGACUCUUGGUGCUCCUGGUACAGAUGUUACGUCUUCUAAACACCCUUCACUACUGCUACAGAAACUGCAGCUCAAGCAACAAGGCUUUUAUAUGUGCCUUGCUGAAAAUGCAAUUAGUGGAUCAGCUAGUAUAACUUACGAAGUGAAAGUGUAUGCGCCACCAGUUAUACAUAAUGUGUAUCCAAGUAAAUUGUUUGAAGCGAUUGAUGGAGACAUGCUGCUUAGGAUUCAAUGCAAAGCUACCGGCAGCCCCACACCUACUAUUACCUGGCAGAAACAUGGUCUAAACUUGGCAAUCGGAUCUGAUUGGUUUGGCAUGGAAGAUGAUGGUACUUUACUCAUCAGAAACAUAGACCGUGCUACAGCAGGCACAUAUAUGUGCCUGGCAGAAAAUUCUUUUGGAACAGCCAGUGAUUAUUACGAAGUGGUUGUAAAAAAUUCAUUAGUCGUGGUGCCUUCAAAAACUAUAUACGUACAGGAAGGUGAAUCCGUUAAUAUCAAAUGCGAAAUACCAUAUAAAAUCACAGAUCAAUUGCGUUGGUUUAAGAACGGAAAACUGCGGAGAGAACGAGAUGAAAUAUAUUUAUUCAGUGCAACUCGGAGUGACGAUGGAGUGUAUACUUGCCGUGUGUCCGAUCUUCUUAAAACACGGUCUAUAGCUACUAAGCUAGUGGUUGGAUUUAAACCGAUAUUUAGUAGCGAUGCAGAAGAAAUAAUAGAAUUUGUGCACAAAUCAGAAUCUCCGUUUCUUGAUUGCGAAGCUUAUGGUGAACCGAGACCUACGAGCGCGACGUGGACUCACGACGGCGUGACUAUGAAUGUUACUGACAUGUCCUAUGUGUUAGGAAUGGAAUUAGGUGCUACAGGAAUUUAUGAAUGUGAAGUUAGCAAUAAAUUUGGCAGCAUACGUCGAUCAUUUAAUGUCACAUCCCGAGAUUGCCUCUUGGACAUAAAAAAAUCUUUCAUAGGAAAACAUCCCGUUAUGUUUUCAACGUCUGGUGGGUGGUCUGUUUUCCGAAUAACUAAGCACCAUAUGAUAAUACCACAUAAAGGUUAUUUUUAUAUGAGAUGCCCUUCAGGAUUCGUCAACCCUGGACUGUCAUUGUAUUCCAACAUUAUAGCAUGUUGUGAGCGAGACAACAUAGUAAAAAUAGGAAGAAAACCUUACAAUUUUGCAGAUUUACAAUGCAAUAAAGAAGUAACACCUAACAUUGAACACACAGAAAAUAAAUGUUUUGGUGAUAAUACAGAGUAUGUGGGUGUAGGGUUUAAAUCACAAGGUUAUUUCAUGGAGGUAUAUCGUGUUUGUUUUGACAAAGUGAAUGAUGUUCCUUUAUUCACAAAGCAUCACCUGUCUCCCCACCAUACAGAUAUUUCUUCAACGUCUCAAUGGUUCAGCUCUUCUGAUAUAUCUGCUGAAGAAUUUGAGGAAUUGUAUAAUUGUAGAAGGCAACUGUAUGACAUCAGCAUAGCUCUAAGAAGAAGGUUACGUUCUGAUUCUUGCUGCUAUGGUAGAAGACAACUUGUCAACCCUAGGGAUUUGCUUCCUGGAAUACCAGCGACGGCGUCUUUUGAGUAUAAAAAUGUUGUUCCACAUUGGAAUUCUUGCAGUUCAAAGAAUUGGGACGAUUUGGAAGAAUUGGUAAGGGAGCUAGUAAAAAGAGCCGGUCGUGACUUGAUCGUGUUUACAGGCACGUCAAAUGUAAAUCACGACAAAUUGUCGGUAGAUAUAAAAAUUAACAAUGGCCGAGAAAGACAACAAACAAUUCCGCUAUACUUGUGGAAGGUGGUUCAAGAUCCUGCGACAGAUUCAGCAAUCGCGAUAAUACAAGUGAAUAUACCAGAGAUAACUCGAGAAGAAGUAAUGAAAAAUCACGUUCUCUGUUCAGAUAUUUGUAAUAACAUUGACUGGUUGGAGGGCCCAGAAUGGAAUGACGUAGACAGGGGCUAUACGUAUUGCUGUAAUAUGAAAAAUUUCGAAAAGGCCUUCGGAUACACCCGCCCUAUCACUAGCAUGAGACGAGUCCUCUUCGAUGCUAGUUUAACUCCAGAUACCUUUUUGCCUUUGUAAAGGUGUCUACAUGCCAAAGAAGCCAGACCGCAUUGCAAGGCUUCAUUAGUGGCUCCCCUUGUGUUUCCAGUGGCACACCCCCUGCCAUUAGUUGCCCAUAACUACACAAGCUGAUAAAAUUAGAUCAGUAUUAACCUUUUGCAUGUACGUUUACGUUGUUAUAUGUUUCGAAACACACAUGCAUGUCCGGUCCAUUCCGAUGUCUUGGCAAUCACUAAUAAUUGUGAACACCAUAUACUGCUGGUCAAGAUAUCCGACUUGGAAGUUUCAGAAGCAGGAAUGUGUCGCUGACACUACCUCACUGGGUGCGUGUCAGCUGGUUUUGGUGUGUAGACACCUUAAUGGUUUUGGAAAAUAAUGUUGAACCUGUAUUUAUGAAAUCUAUUUUUUUUAUUCCUGUUUGAGUUUUAAAUAACACUUAAUUAUACAUUUGAGCAUAUAUCUAUAUGAUUGCUCUCCCGUAGGAGAAUGAUUUGGUGUUGCUGGUAAAAUUCAUUUAUCUUACCUUUUUUAUUGUAAAAAUAAUGGUAUUCAUAAUUAUGAGGAAAUAAAUUCAAGAUCUUAGCACAUCAAUAAAAUGAAGUCGUCGCUCUCAUCAAUCAAAUCUCAAUAAAUGACUACUAUUAAUUUAAUAAACUUAUAUAUACUUUUAUUGACUGUCUCGUUGGCCGAGUAGUCGCAAGUGCGACUGCCGGGCAAGGGGUCUCGGGUUCGAUUCCCGGGUCGGGCAAAGUGAUAAUAUCACCAAGAUAGAACCAUUUAAACACACAUUAUAAUACAACACAUAUUAUAAUAGUUUUACAAAGAAAACCAUUGCAAAAAAUCAAACUUCGAAAGUGCAUACAAACUCAUAGUUACGAACCUACGAACUCAUUAUCAAAACAUCACGCCAUGUCAUUCUCAAAGAGGUAUUUCUCAUCAUGCGAUGCGAUGCAAAUAGUGCCCACAAAUUUACGUCUAUUGUUUCAUGUACGAAUUCCACGAAUUUUUUUUUAAACUACAAAGAUGGCAUCGUAAUUUGCUUGUUUUUACUUUAUACCACCGAAAAAACUCCUUAUGUCAAGUUGUUUAACGAAAAUGAAAUAUAUUUCACGGUAUCGAUUAUGGUCUACAGUAACACAUAUAAGAGACUUUUUAUGUUGCCCGAGGUACCUCGCACGGCAGUCACAGUAUGACACCUUGAUCUACGAACGAGUGUAAGUAAUAAGAGCUGCUAUCAAAAUUCUAACUUGUUCGCAGUCUCCAUACAACAUUCUAACAUUUAGAAUCACUAAGUAACAACAAAUAACAAUGACCUCAUUUCGAAACGAUUCAUAAAAAAUAUCUUCAAACUGUUGCAGAAUACCUAUUUUUGUGUUGUGACAAAUUAUAAAGAUGUAAUUGUAAUACUCAUGUAAGUACAAAUAUAAAUAUUCGACAUUCGAUUUAUUUAACGAGAGUUUUUGAAUUACUCUGUCCUUUAAUUUAUUAACAGAUUUGACAAUCAACUACUUAGUUGCUAGAAAUCACCAGAAACCCAAAAAAAUGGUGGGUGUUCUAAAAAAAAUUGUGAAUUACUAGCAUAUGCCCGUGACUUCGCCCGCGUUCCUUUGGCACAAUAUUAUGUGUUAUAUCUGACUGUAAACUACUCUUGUUCUAAUCAUAAAAAAAACAUUUCAUCCAAAUUCCUUCAACUGCUUUGACGAGGAGUCACAAACAAACAUAAAACAUUUAUAUAUUAUGCCUAUGCCUAGGCAUAAUAUAUUGGUAGGAUAAUAUAUAUAUUAUAUAUGUCCGUAAGGAUUGAGGAGCAUCAUCAGAUUUUUAAAAUCUGAUCUCGCCAUAUACAUAUAAUAUAUAAUAAUAUGCCCAUUGUUCCCCGCGUAAAUUAUCCUAUAUGCGUCUCCGUACUUCCCAGUAUUUUGUUAGUAAUAAGAGAUUGAUUGGACAAGCGACCAUUUUUACCGACUGCAAAAAAGGAGGAGGUACUAUGUUCGGCUGAUUGGUUUUUUAUCUGGUUUGUUUGCCGAUUAUACACCCAAUGUUCCCAAUGUCAUUCUUUUAUACAAACUAUCAUUUAAGACUAUUAUUACAUUUGUUUGUUAGCGCUACAACAUCGUAAACUGCUAAUUUCCAUUUCCAUUUUGUCGGCGAGUUAUGAAAGUAUAAAUAAAAAUGUAUUUAAGAAAUUCAAAUUGUAAUGAUUAAAUUAAAAGGUAACCUAUUGUAUUUCAUUUAUGUGGGUCUUUAUAAAUACUAUGUUUAAAAAUGUAAUAUAGAACAUUCAUAUAAUCGACUGUCUACGACAAUUCGAACGGGGACUAUACCGUAUGACAGAUUAAUAUUAUUGUUUGGUCCAUAUUACUUCCUCAUUGAAAAAACACUUUUAUUGCAUCGGAAUAAAGACUAUCAAUAACAGUACCGACACUUCUGUGUGGUCGUUUAGGCUUCUUGAUUAUAAUUAGCCAAUAAAAAUUAGCAUAAACUUGUCAUACACUAGGAAUCUAGCAGGAUCCUAUGUCCUAUAAAUGUCAAUAAAUUUGCAUACUUUAUGUUACUUAUUUUUAUAAAAUAUUAAGUAGGUAUUGUGAGGAUAAUGGCACAAAAUAACGUAGCAUUUCAGUGCUGACUAAUAUUACAGACAGUUAUGUAAAUAAAUACCAACGCAACUGUGCCUCCUCUGGUGUUGC